AUGUUUUCUUUUUUUUUUUUCUUUUUUUUUCUUUCUUUCGUUUUUUUCUUUUUUCUUUCUUUCAUUUUUCUUUCAUAUUUUUCUUUUCCAUCCCAUUUAAUCAACCUUCCUUUUUUUUUAUUUUCUUUUCUUUCUUUCUUUUCUUUCUUUCUUUCUUUCUUUCUUUAUUUCUUUUAUUUUCCAUCCCAUUUAAUCAACCUUCCAUGUUUUUUUUCUUUCUUUUUCUUUUUUUCUUUCUUUCUUUCUUUCUUUAUUUUCUUUCAUUUCUUUCAUGUUUUUCUUUAUUUUCCAUCCCAUUUCUUUCAACCUUCCAUCUUUUUUAUUUUUCUUUCUUUCUUUUCCAUCCUAUUUAACCAUCCUUCCAUGUUUUCAUUUUUCUUUCUUUCUUUCUUUCUUUCUUUGUCCGUUUACCUCAUUAUCUUUUUCUUACUUCGUCUUCUAACAUUUUCUUUCUUUCUUUCUUUCUUUCUUUCUUUCUUUCUUUCUUAUUUUUUUCGUCAUCACACUUUUCUUUCUUCCUUUGUCUGCUUACCUCAUUAUCUUUUUCUUCGUCUUUUCUUUCUUUCUUUCUUUCUUUCUUUCUUUCUUUCUUUCUUUGUCCAUUUACCUUGUUAUAAUUCUUUCUCUUUUUAUCUGCUUAUGCGUGCUAUAUUUCUUUUUAUUUUCUUCUGCCAAUCACACCUUCUGUCAUCCAUUCUUUCUUUCUUUUCUAUCGUUCUUUCUUUCUUUCUUUCCUUUUUUUCAUCUUUUUCUUUCUUCGUUUUCUAUCCACGUUUUCUUUCUUUCAUCGUCCAUUUACCUUGUUAUCUUUCCUUUUCGUUUUUGCCUGCCAAUCUUUCUUUUUUUCGUCGUCUGUUUACCUCGCUAUCUUUGAUUUUCUUUUUCGUCUGCCCUUUCUUUCUUUCUUUCUUUCUUUCUUUCUUCAUUAUCUUUUUCUUUCUUCUUUCAUUGUUUCGUCGACUGUUUACCUCGCUAUCUUUCCUUUUCUUUUUCCUCUGCCAAUCACACUUUCUAUCUUUCUCCAUUUACCUUGCAAUCUUUUAUGCUUAUGUUAAUUAUCUUUCCAUUUUCUUCCUUUCUUUAUCUAUUUUCUUUCUCUGUCAGCUUUCAUUCUUCUGUCCAUUUUUAUUGUCUUUAUUAUCUUUUCUGUAUAUUUUCCUUCCUUCCUUCCUUCCUUCCUUCCUUCCUUCCUUCCUUCCUUCUCCGAGGCGUUUUCUCUCUCACUACUCUUCUAACCUGUUCAUUUUUUUUGCAGACCUUUCUUUAUAA